GAAAAUAAAACAUAAAGAAUUUGUAGAAUAAACAUGUCAGACUUGGAAAAGGAAAUUUCACCAAGCGGAAGCGUUCAGGAAUUAAGAGAUGCUGCUCAUCAUAAUGCCCUUGUUACUGAGGUUAUGGACAAACAAAUCACCAAGUGGGAAGCUAUGAAGAGACACCCAUAUGCUUGUUUCUGCAUUUUAACAAUGGUUUGGGUUUUGAUAAGUACAUCAUUUGAGUCACAGGCAGGAGGUACUGUGAUUUCUAUUGGUGUGUUCAGAGAAGAUUUUGGUCAUUUGGUCGAUGGAUCUUAUGUUUUGCGUUCUACAGAUCAGUCAAUCUUAUCGGGAGUUCCCCUUGCAACACAGAUUGUUGGACAGUGGUUGGGUUCUUGGUUAGCUGAUAAAUUUGGCAAGAAAUGGGUUAUUUAUGGAGGUAUGCUUACUUCUUGUGCUUUUGUUGGAAUGGAAUUUGCUGCUACUACUAUGGGGGUUUUUAUCGCAGGUAAAACCCUUAAUGGUUUCAGCCUUGGUGUCAUUCAGGCUUCUUGUGUGUCUUAUGUUGCCGACAUUUCCCCAUUGCCUUUAAGAGGGCUUUCCACUGCAUUAUGUAAUAUCUCAUUCUCAAUAGGUCCGUUGGUCGUUUUCAUUAUCAAUUACUGUGUUGCAAAUUUUAAAACCAGAUGGGCUUACAGGGCAAUGCUUUCAUCUCAAUGGGGAUUCGCAGCUGUAUCCUUGGUUCUUAUGUUACUUAUUCCAGAGUCCCCUACCUACUAUAUCCUUCAAGGAAAAGUAGAUAAGGCUGAGCAAGCUUACCGCAGGUUAUUAGGUGAUCCGGUAGCUGCAGUAAAUCAAGUAACAGUUGUUAAAGAAACCGUUUUGGAAGCUGAAAAGAUUUCAGAAGGAUCCACCUACUUAGAUUGUUUCAAAGGUGUUAAUUUAAAGAGAACGAUGGUUUCUUGUGUGCCCUUUAUGAGCACUUCGUUUUCUGGAGUUGCUUUUACUGGAAGUUAUACCACCUACUUUUUCCAAUUAUCGGGGCUUGAUGAACAAAAGUCAUUUCAGUACACAUGUGGAGCUCAAGCAAUCUCUAUCGGUGGAUGUAUCGCUUCCCUUUUUAUCGUUGAUAGGUUUGGAAGAAGAAACAAUCUCAUCUAUGGUUUAUUGUCGAUUUGUUUAUGUGACUUGAUUAUUGGUGCUACUGCUACUGCUUCUGACUCCAAACCAGAGGUGUUAAAUGUGUGUAUUGGGUUCAUGAUGUUAUAUGGUGGUAUUUAUAACGCUGGUCUUGGCUCGGUUUGCUACCCAAUUUGUGCUGAAAAUCCUACUUCAGCACUUAGAACAAAAACUGUUGCUUUAGGAUUGGCAUCUGGAAAUUUGUUUAGCAUGAUGUGGUCAUUCGUUAUUCCCUACGUAUUCAAUCCUGACCAGGCGAACUUAGGAGGAAAAACUAUGUUCAUAUUUUUUGGAAUUUCUGUUCUUAUAUGGGUUCACAUUUUUUUCUUCCAGACUGAAACUGCUGGACGAAGCUACGAUGAAAUUGACGAAAUGUAUGCUAGUGGUAUUCCUCUUAGAAAGUUUCAACAUUACACUUCAAAGCUUGCAAAUAUAGACGUUGGUCUCACCGAAGAAGAAAAAGCAGUGCAAGUUAAGCAUGUAGAGGAAUUGUAAAUCUGUUAGGGCAAAUAAACGAAAUAGAUCUUUUUUUAAAUAGGGGUUCGCUUAGGAUAGAACAUGUAUCUAGCUGUGUCGGAGGGAAUUCAUGAGCUGCUUCUUCUUGACGACGGGCUCUGAAUUAAUUUAAAUAUCCUUUCGCUUGUAUCCACCAAUUACUACCCGAAGUGCAUAUCUACGAUUGAAGGGUCAAUCACAAAUUGCCAAAGUCUGGAAAAAUAAUGUGACAGUUAGU